GCGGUAGCUGUCAGAUAGUGGAGAGACAGGCAGAGAGAGGACACCCACGCCGGGAGCUUCGUCUUUCUACACCUCACCCUCCGUCACUUUCAGCGCCUUGCUUGAAGGCAUUUCACCGCUCCAUCGGCCGUGAAGCUGCUGGGCGGACCCGUACUUUUUUAAACGCAAAAUUAGCACAAAAUAAACGACAUUUUUCUUUUUUAAUUUUCUUUCCGAGCUGAAUAAGGAGAAGAGACAGGGGUAGAGACAUGGCCACGACAACCUGUACGCGAUUCACAGACGAAUACCAGCUAUACGAGGAGCUGGGGAAGGGAGCCUUUUCAGUGGUACGCAGAUGUGUUAAGCUGUGUACAGGACAGGAGUAUGCCGCCAAAAUAAUCAACACCAAAAAGUUAUCCGCAAGAGAUCACCAGAAGCUGGAGCGAGAGGCUCGGAUCUGUCGCCUGUUGAAACACCCCAACAUCGUUCGUCUUCAUGACAGUAUAUCGGAGGAGGGCUUCCACUACCUCCUGUUUGACUUGGUGACCGGAGGUGAACUGUUUGAGGACAUCGUAGCCAGAGAGUAUUACAGCGAGGCCGACGCCAGUCAUUGCAUCCAGCAGAUCCUGGAGGCGGUGCUUCACUGCCAUCAAAUGGGCGUGGUGCACCGGGACCUGAAGCCAGAGAACCUGCUGCUGGCAAGCAAAUGUAAGAACGCCGCAGUGAAGCUGGCCGACUUUGGCCUGGCCAUCGAGGUGCAGGGCGAUCAGCAGGCCUGGUUUGGAUUUGCUGGCACACCGGGGUACCUGUCCCCUGAGGUAUUGAGGAAGGAGGCAUAUGGCAAACCUGUGGACAUCUGGGCCUGCGGGGUGAUCCUCUAUAUCCUGCUGGUGGGUUACCCUCCUUUCUGGGACGAGGACCAGCACAAGCUGUACCAGCAGAUCAAGGCUGGGGCUUACGAUUUCCCUUCCCCAGAGUGGGACACAGUCACUCCAGAGGCCAAAAACCUGAUCAACCAGAUGCUGACCAUCAACCCAGCCAAGAGGAUCAAUGCUCAGGAGGCCCUCAAGCACCCAUGGGUCUGCCAACGAUCCACAGUGGCGUCUAUGAUGCACAGACAGGAGACCGUGGAGUGCCUGAAGAAAUUCAAUGCCAGGAGGAAACUCAAGGGGGCCAUUCUAACUACCAUGCUGGUUUCUCGAAAUUUCUCUGUGGGCAGCAGGCAGACCACGGCUCCAGCCUCUGUCACUGCCGCCGCAGCAGCGGUGGCUGCAGCCGCCGGCACCACCGCAGGGCUGGUGGAACAAGCUAAGACCUUGCUCAACAAAAAGGCAGAUGUCAAGAAACGCAAGUCCAGCUCUACUGUCCAGUACAUGCCCCAGACAAACAGCACCAAAAACAGCAUAGUCACCAGCCCCAAAGGAAACAUCCCUUCACCUGCUCUGGAACCUCAGACAACCGUCAUCCAUAAUCCAGUGGACAGAACAAAGGAGUCGUCGGACAGCAGCAACACCACUGUGGAGGAUGAAGAUGUGAAAGGGAAGAGCUUAGACAACAGCUCGCUUAAGGCGCAGUCCAGCACGAGCUCCCAGCCUGAUAGCUCUCAGGGCUCCACAGCCACUGUGUUCUCCGCUGCGAAGUUUGCUGACCUGCUGGGCUCAGUGCGUAGAGGCUCAGGGCCCACAUCCGACGGGGAAGGGAGAUCAAGCACACCACCUCCCGCUGCCCUCUCCGCCCCCUCCCCUCCACACACCCCUGUUGUCCCCAUGCAGAUGUCCCGGCUCACAGACCUGGUAAGCAGCGUUCGCAGGGCGCCGGCAGCCCCUGCACCUGAGAGUGAUGCUGCACCGGUGCCAGUGCCUAGCGCCAGGCCCGCCCCUCCACCUGCACACACUACUUCCCCACCUCCCCCUCACUCCCCCUCGAGCCUCUCCCUGUCUUCCUCCCAGACACGCAAACAAGAAAUCAUCAAGAUCACCGAGCAGCUGAUCGAGGCCAUCAACAAUGGAGACUUUGAGGCAUACGCUAAGAUCUGCGACCCCGGACUGACCUCGUUUGAGCCAGAGGCGCUGGGCAACCUGGUGGAGGGGAUGGAUUUCCACAGAUUUUACUUUGAGAACCUUUUGGCUAAGAACAGCAAACCCAUUCACACCACCAUCCUGAACCCCCACGUCCACCUGAUCGGCGAGGACGCCGCCUGCAUCGCUUACAUCCGCCUGACCCAGUUUGUUGACGGCCAGGGUCGGCCGCGGUCCAGCCAGUCAGAGGAAACUCGCGUUUGGCAUCGCAGAGACAGCAAGUGGCAGAACAUCCACUUCCACUGCUCAGGCGCACCAGCUGCGCCGCUCCAGUGAGGUUGAACGCCAUAGCUUUGUCUGUGAGGAGUGCUCUGCUGGAAAGAGAGGAGGAGGAGGAGGAGGAAGGGAUGAAAGAACAAGUCCAGUGUUGGUUUGGGGACAGGGCUCCUCGCCCUUCAUCAGCAAACCCUCCCUCAAUGGACGCCCGGCCUCAACCCCCAGCAUGCAUCUCUUCUUUUAGUACUACUGCCCCCUGUCUGUCACCUGCCCUACAACACCUUCUGACAAACAUCAGACAACACCAACUGAACUUCCCCCACCCCCCCACCCCAGCUUCCUCUUCUUCCCUCCGGCACACUGGGUGAUUGGUGGGGUUGGGGUUGGAGGGUGGGGGUGGGGUUGGAGGGUGGGGGUGGGGUUGGAGGGUGGGGGUGUUUUCAGCACUCGUGUGAUUCGGUCUUCCUGUGGUCUUUUCCCCAUCCCCACUAUUUUUGUGACACCCUCCCUCUUGUCCUCCUGUGAAUCCACACUCGUGUGACAUAAACACUGCACUGGAAAUACAGUAUGUAAAGUUUUAAGUAAAAUCUAUUAUUAUCAUUAUUAUUAUCAUUAUUAUUAUUAUUAUUAUUAAUAAACAUUUGCAAUUGUAUAUGUAAUUUGUAUAAUUCAAAAUUCUUGAUGCCAGUGGUUUCUAGAGUUGAAGGAAUUUUUUUUGUUUUGUUUUUCUCUAUCUUUUUAAGGAAGCAUGUUUUUUCCCCGUAUUAACAGUGGCUGUUUUUUAUUGUGGCUAUUAAGUGGAAAAUGAUAUUGGCAGUUUUUGUAAUUUGCUUCUUGUCAUGUUAGCUAUAAUACUUCGCCCAAACUCAUGGUCAACUUGUUUUGUUUGUUUGUUUUUGGGUUUUGGUUUUGUUUUGUUUUCUUUGGAAGGGGUGUGCCUGAUGGGUGUCGUGCGAAGGUGGAGAGCGAGUCCUUGUAUGCGUGUGACUGUGGUCCUGUAAGGCAGACACAUAGCGUGUGCUAGUGCAAACAAUAAUGACUGACUGUGCAGUUGGAGGAACCUCUUUGUUUUUCCCUCGUUGCCAUGUGAACGGCCGGAGAACGGGUUGGCUAAGCUCAGCGUCUUCCUGCACCAAAACCUGAAUCUAUCAACGAACAAAACUAACAGCGUGCAAUAAGAGUUUUAUCGUGAAUUUACUUUUCCAUCUCCAUGUAAAACGCUGUAAUGACCCUGAACAGUGACGUCUAAACAAUGAAGCGUCAUCGUGAAGAUGCACAAGAAGAAGAAAAACAUAUCGCCGUCUGUUAGCAGCACUGCUCCCUUCUUUAUUUUCUAUUGCUGCCACUUGGAUCAAAGAAAAAACUUUCUCAUUAUAAGGAGAAACAUUUUCUUGAUAUAACAAGAUACUUAAUGUUGUGACAUUUUUAGUGAGACAAAAUAAUAUUUCAUUAUGACAAAAUAAGUUGAUGUGUUGUGCUAAAAAUAAAUUAUUUGUAUGUUCCAUGUUGAAAAGAUCCAAAGAGGAAAUCUUCCAGCCAGUGACUUAAAGUUGUAAUUUUAAUUAAAUGUUUUUGCAGUGAGUUAUUUUGAGCCAGAUUGUGCUUUGAUUAAACACAGUUGCUUCCACUAGGGUAAAGAAAAGUAGGUUUACCAUAACAAUUCUUUUUUAUUAUUUAUCUGACAGUUAUUUUUACAAGACCAAGAAAAGCAAUAAAUUCUUACAUGUGAGCCGUGAAAAAAGUCAGCCUGAUAGAGGUAGCAUCAAUUCUUUUAAAUGAGGUGAAGUUUCGCUCCUGUUUUAAAGUAAACUUUGGGUUAUUUUUAGUCCUGGACUUGGUUGAUCUUUGACCGCAGAAACCUCAACAGGUUGAACUGGACACUAAAUAUAAAAAUAAUAUUGUUUUGUUUUACAACAAAACCAUUUUGAAGAAAGUAAAAGACUUCCCGUUGUUAAAAUACUCAAAUUACUUCUGAACUGAGGGAAAUCAACUGAUUAUAAGUUUGAAAAAGUGUAACACUUAAUUUGUGAUUAGUGACUUAAUUCAUCGACAUUUUCUAUACGUAUGUAUUUUCCUUCUAAAAGUCCAUGAAACUGUUUAGUGCUGAGUAAAACUUGUGAACAGAUAAAAGACCAAAAAAUAAAUAAAUCAAAAAAGAUCUUUUUGUUACAAUUAAAUUAUUUGGUAUGUCAUGAUGAUGUGAAACGUGUCACACAAUACUGCAACAUAAAAGUAUCUUGUUAUAAUUUCGACAUUUCCGGGGGCAUAUAUCCUAAACCUCGCUGACCUCUGACCCCAGAACUCUCAGUCGGCAGUAGUCCAGCCCCCUGUUCCACUGGUUUUUUUCCAGCUUGUGGUGCUAAAAAGUUGCUAAAAAGUUGCUUGGGGAAGGAGGGGAUGCACUGUUGGUGGCUCCUGCUGUUGCUAGGCGAUAGCUGAACACCCGCUCUGUGCUCUUUUCCUAAAAGUUGUGAUAUUUUUAACUCGCUUAAAAUCUCAAUGCUGUCUGGAACACAACAGCAGGACUUUUUUUUUUUUUUUUUUAUUCAGUCAAAAUGUCAAACAAAAGAAGUCGCAGCGCUCUAAAGGAAGGAUCCCGCUGGAUGCUUGACCUUUCUCACUUCCAAAGCCACGGUGCAGAAGGCUGGUGCUCCUGCCUGUUUGUCCCUGUGAAGCACUCACACUGAGGCCCAUAUCAGUGCUGAAGAAUGAAGGAUGUGUGUGUGUGUGUGUGUGUGUGUGUGUGUGUGUGUGUGUGUGUGUGUGUGUGUGUGUGUGUCUGCAAGCAUGUACGGUACAUCCAUUGCUCUCGGUGUGUAUUCUUUACAAGCCUGGGGGGGGGGGAUUUUGCAGGUGUGUGUUGUAUAAGAGACGAUGGAAGGAGGAGGCUUUAUUUCAGAGGACAUAUCAGUCCCCUGCCUUCAACCCAGGACUCUUUUUCUUAUGAUUUGAUCUGUUUUUGUUUUUGUUUUUCAUGUUUUACAGAAUGUUUUUCAUGUUUUUACUCUCGUGCUCUUUGAUUUGUGUUACAGUAAAGUGUUAUCAGCUAUUCAUAUAUAUAUAUAUAUAUAUAAAAAUAUAAAGUGCUCGUGCCAGCGGUGGCAGGAUUGAACGGAUGGACUUUGCAGCACUGAAGACUGAUUUUUUCGGGGUUUGAUACGCGAUGAGCUCCACUGUACUUUGCUUGUCCACCAUUGGCUGCCUUCACAUUUGUCUCGCCCCUAUUGGUCAGACCAAGAUAUUAGGAGACCGGGCAGUCGGUUUGGUGAAUAGUCCUCAGGUUUCUAUUUAUUUUGAAUAUUUAUUUAUUUAUUUUAGUGGAAAUUUUUAUUGUGCUUUUUUUCGUUUUCCUUUUUUUUUUUUUUUUUUUUUUUUUUUUUGUUGUUUUGUUUUGCCUAUUUUACAUCUCAUGCACUUGUGCAAGUACUGUCUGUUGUUCAAGGGACACAUGAUGUUUUUUAAAGGGAUAGUACACCCAAGUUGCAUCCUGCAUGUGUUUUCCUGUAACGACCAACAUGGUGUGAAUUGCUUUUUCUUUUUCUGCAGCUUUUAUUCUGCAACUUCAGAUUGGCGCUAGCUUUGACAUUAUUUUUGUAGUUCUACGGUGUCCUUUUUUUCUUCCACUUAAGUCACAUUAUCACCUUGCCAGAGUGAAACAUCUAUUACUUUAAAUCUCAUAUAGCACAGGAUUAUAUUUUGUGUGAACUAUCCCUCCAAAAGCUUCAUCGUCUUUUUUUAAGACGAUAAAGGUUUUUUUUUUUUUUCUUCAAAUGAAGGUUUUUUUCAAGGUGAACUGCAGAGUCGUUGUAUUGUACUCAUGUCACAGUAACAAUGUUCAUGUGUAGUUGACUCUGAUGUACUAGUAAAAGGUCAAAGGUUACCUGAAGGCGUUCAUGCGGGAUCGUGCUAACCAGACAUGAACCCCACCCCCUCCAGAAAAAGAAGAAAUAGCAGCAUGUACAGUACAAAGGUGUUGUUCUUCUGUUCUCCUUAGUGUGUUUACAAGCCUUGAAAAUCAGUAUAAUAAGAUUCACAUAUUUAAAAUGAGGGAGUACACAGUGUUACACAACUGCAGCUAACUAGCAGAGUAGCUGGCGUUUUCUUUGCAUGACAGUCAACAGGACACUUGUUCUUUGGUGUUUUCCUUUUUAUUUAGUUUCUCAUUUUCUACUGAAUGCUGGUAAACUCCACCUUUCUCUAUUUUCUCAGCUUUUUAAGUGCAUAUAACUAUUUUUGUCUCCAGAUGAUAUAAUGAAGAUGAUUAUGAUGAUCAGGAUGAUUAUAUUAAUGACUGUGGCACUUAGGAUGAUUAUGAGGAUGUUGACCGGUAAUGAUGAUGAUGAUGUGAUGAAGAUUAUUUCGCAUGCUUUUCUAUGGGGCUCUGUGUUGUCAGUGCAGAAUGGCUGCCUUUUGUACAGAGCUGAGAGAAACACAUGAGAGCAGCACAUGUUGACCAUCAGCACCAAGAGUGACCGCUGCUUCACUGAGCCUGCAUGUCACUAGAGGAACGGCACUGGAGUCCCACUGACAGGUUAGAAGCAGCUCAGAGAGUGAAUGAGCUCCAGCAGGGGGCGCAGUCACACAGAGUAAAGACCAAACACACAGAUGGAGGUAUAAGUUCACUUUAGUGUCAAAUCUAACAGACGGUCCAGUCAGAGACAACAGCAGUUUAUCACUGUAGAAUAAGAACCAGCUUCAUGAUGAUUAUUGAUCAGGGCUGCACAGUUAUGACUCCAAUGGUUCCAAUAUCACUGAUGAAUCAUGAUUGUGUGUGAAGCAUCGAAGCUAAAAUCAUGACUGAACAUGAUUAAUUGUGCAGCUCUACAUAUAAACUACAGUAAGUGUCCUCCUCCAGUCUGUUGAGGUCAGUGCGAGCUCUGCCGGCUUCCUGUCAGCUGCAGUAUUUAGUCAGAUGAAGCAUCACUGAGGUAAACUGGAGCCACUGCGUUCACUCUGAACCUCCGCCAUCUUCUUUCUCCAGCCAGUGACUACGUUGCACUGACAACACUGAGCUGGCUUCUCUUCGUAGGGUGUCUUUCACUCUCCCCCCCAGUCCCUCUGUUUUCAACCUUAUUCAAUCAUUUCUCUGCAGCCGACUCUUUCUAGUUUCCCUCUGUCUCUUUUUGUCAGUUUGGGUUUCUUCUGUAUAAUAAUAUUAAUCCUGUAGUUCUCUGAUUCUUCGGAUUAUUGCUCUGUUCUCUUACGUGCUACACGUGUUUCUCUAACUUCAAGAAAAUGUGUUAAGGUGUUAUCAAUAAAAUCACAAUUUAAAUAGAAAAUUCAA